UUUUAACCAAAUUUAUUGUGUUCUUAAAAAAAAAUUAUUAAAAAUGUUGAGAAUUGUUAAGAAAAUUAAAAAUAUGCAAACUAAUCAAGAUUUACCAACGACAAAAACGCUAUUUCUAAAAGAAUUCGAAAAUAAACCAAAAAUUAUUUCAACAAAAUUUCAAACAAUGAAAAAUAACGAAAACUCUCUAGAGAACUAUGCAUGUUCUAGACGAGAAAAUACCUCAUUUAAUAAACAAUCCUCAGAAAAUAAUGAAAACUAUAUAAAAUCUAUAAUACAUAUGUUACAACAAACAUAUCCCAAAAACUUUGAUGCACCACACUAUCAAACUAAUACCUUAGUGGGUAAGCAAAGAAGAUCUUUUGCUGUAAAGCAGGAAACAAAUCAUGUCCAUAAAGUUCGUUCCAAGCCUAGUGUAACAUAUCAAAAGAAUACUUUAAAAAAAGUUCCUACCGUCAUAAAGUUAGUCAAAAGGCAAACUAAGGCAACUUCUACUUCAGACUUGAACAAUAAAGAUUGUGUUCUUAAGUCUAUUCUAAAAAAGGGAAAUGACAAAGUAAAAGUUGAAUAUGAUAUUAAUAAAUAUCUUGUUUAUAACAAGCAAAAUAAGGAACCAUUAGAAAACUCUUGCUUCGAAAGGCAAACAAAAGAAUUGUGUUUAGAAGAAGAUAAAGUUGUUGGUUUAUCGGAAAAACAUGAAAAGCGAAAAUUCCCAAAAAGAAAACAUUUACGCAAACAUAAUGAGCCAGAUAUUUUAAUGGAAAAUCUACGUAAUGCUGUUAUGCACAGUGUUCAAAUCCUGAUGAGCACACCUUGUCGUUAUGCGUCUGCAAAAAAUUAUCGAAAAUAAAGAGCAUACAUUAAGAAAAUUGCUCAAAGAAAUCGAACAAUAUGACAAGAAAAUACCCUCAAGUGUAAGAGAACAUAUUAAAGGAUCAGAAUGCUUUAAACGCAUCAAACAUAUAAUGGAACAGAUGAAUACUCACACUGAAAAAGAAUUGCUUAAAAAUCAGCAAUUUCGUAAAAAUUGCUAUAAAUAUCUUUUGAAAACAAUAAAAGAAAUAUAUGCAAAAAAUUCAAAAUCAGAAAGUAAUAUGGAAACUGUGGGGGAAAGAAUUAAAGAAUGUAGUAAAAAAUUGGCAGAUUUAAAAAGUCGCAAAAAAAACUCUGUUAGACGUUUAAAGGAAGAAGAAAAUACUUUAAAUAAAACAAUUCCAAGUUUGAAACUUCAUUGUUCUAAUAAACCUAGUGUUUUAUAUCAGAGGAAGAUAAUAAAAUCAAAACAUCAGGGAUCUUGCUUUAGAAAUGAUACAAGUAAAAAGCAAUUUAAAAAAAUGUCAAUAAAUCCAACAACGUAUGAAGAGCCAAACGUUAAGAUUAACAAAAAAUCCAAAAAUCCUUUAGAAUUAAAGAAAACAAAAACUUUUGUUACAAGUUUGGAUAAAUAUUGUGUUAAACCUAGUAGAUUACAGCCCAAGUCAACGUCAACCUCUAAGGAUUCUUUUAAAGCCAUAAAUAUACCCAGACGCUAUAGCGAACAAUAUCAUAACAGAUCGCUAAACAAUAAUAAUCUAUUUGGUCAGAUAUUUCAAUAUCAAGUACAUUCAUCUAUGCAGAAUAUGCGGUCGGGUCAAGAGGAACGUUUAAAUUAUUUAACAGCAAACGUACGCAAUGCUGUUAUGUUGGGUCAUACGAAGAACUCUUCGUAUGCGAAGAAGUUGGACAAUGUUAUUAAGAAUUUAGUUCAAUUAACAGAUAAACAUUAAGAAGCUUCUACAUCUUGGAUAAAUAACUUGGAAUAAAAAAGUGUUUGGGUACAAAAUUGUUUGUAAGGAAAAUAAAUGUAGU